AUGCAAGCAAUUCUCCUAUGCUUGAUCUUCGAGCAUCUCUCAAAGUCCCUAUAUGAGCCUCCACUUUUAUUUUUUGCCAUGAAUAUGGCGUAUUUGUACUCAAGUUGCCAUGACUCUUGGGACGAAUAUUGUUUAGAUAGUGGCUACCCGUAUGAAGAUGGAGAUCUUGAUGAAGCUUUAGCUGAAGUAGAGAUGUGGAAGAAGAAAUCAGACUUCUAG